UCUUCCGCAAACCCACCAUUCUAGAAAGUAGCUAACUUCAGAGAAAACACAAUGUUGUGUAUUAAUGAUUAGAGAGGGUUACUUAACCUAAUUUAGUAGCAGCAACCAGCAACCAAGUCUGAUAUUUUAUGAAUUUGAAGUUGAAGAAAGAACACGAAACAUGGCAGAAAAGCCGAAAUCAAUGAGCCAGAUUAAACAUGUACCGAAAGACGCGCAAGUUAUAAUGUCAAUAAUGAAAGACAUGGGCAUCACCGACUACGAGCCAAAGGUUAUAAAUCAACUCCUCGAAUUCACUUAUCGUUACGUAACCUGCAUACUGGACGAUAGCAGGAUAUACGCUAACCAUGCAAAGAAGAAGUUCAUUGACUUGGACGAUGUUAGACUGGCUGUAAAAAUGCAGUUGGAACGUUCGUUUACCAAUCCGCCUCCUAGAGACGUGUUACUGGAUGUAGCCAGAGCGAAAAACAAUAUUCCAUUGCCGUUUGUUAAGCCAAACAAUGGCCUGCGCCUUCCGCCCGAUCGCUACUGCCUCAAUGCCACAAACUAUAAGCUGAAAAACGCGACCAAAAAGAUCGUCGGUAAGCCGUUACAUGCCAUAGUUGGAAAUAAUUUUAGCGGAGGUCAACCCAGGAUCAAGAUCGAACCGAACAAAACUGGAUUGUCUAUCGUCAAGAGGCCAGGCACUCUCGCUACUGUCGCACGAACCCAAGCUAUAACAAUUCCAAAACCUGUGUUCAAAUUCUCUACUGGUGCUGGAACUGGAGCUCCAGGAGCAAAACCGGCUGUUGGAAAGCCAAAGAUUCAGAUCUCGUCAAGUCAACCUGUGUCUGUAAUAAAAAUGGAAACUGAUGAUUCGUCGAAGAGAAAAAGAGAAGAAGAAGACUACGAUAUUGCCUGAAUAACCGAAGAACAAAAAUUGACCCACAUCGUGUGAAUAAUAUUAUUUUAUAACAAUGGUCAACGCACCCCAAAUCAAUACUUCUGAUUCCCUAAUCGUUCUGAUAAUAAAUACAGUAUUUAUCACAGUUA